AUGGCUGCUAAGAGCGAAGGAAAAGCUAUUGGUAUUGAUCUUGGCACAACUUACAGUUGUGUUGGAGUAUGGCAGAAUGACAGGGUGGAGAUUAUUCCCAAUGAUCAGGGUAACAGGACAACCCCUUCUUAUGUUGCAUUCACCGAUACUGAAAGGUUGAUCGGUGAUGCGGCAAAGAAUCAGGUUGCCAUGAACCCACAAAACACCGUUUUCGAUGCCAAACGGCUGAUUGGCCGGAGAUUCUCCGACCCUUCUGUUCAGGCGGACAUGAGGCAUUGGCCGUUUAAGGUUAUUGCCGGUCCAGGCGACAAGCCCAUGAUUGUGGUUCAGUACAAAGGAGAAGAAAAGCAGUUUGCUCCGGAGGAGAUUUCUUCCAUGGUGUUGACCAAGAUGAAGGAAGUUGCGGAAGCUUUCUUGGGUCAGACCGUGAAGAAUGCUGUGGUUACCGUGCCGGCUUAUUUCAAUGACUCUCAGAGGCAGGCGACGAAGGACGCCGGAGCAAUUGCCGGGCUCAAUGUGAUGAGGAUUAUCAAUGAACCUACUGCUGCGGCUAUUGCAUAUGGGUUGGACAAGAAGGCUUCCAGAAGCGGUGAAAAGAAUGUCCUGAUUUUCGAUCUAGGCGGUGGGACUUUUGAUGUCUCAAUUUUGACUAUUGAAGAAGGGAUUUUCGAAGUUAAGGCCACUGCCGGAGAUACCCAUUUGGGUGGAGAAGAUUUUGAUAAUCGGCUGGUGAAUCACUUCGUGCAGGAAUUCAAGAGAAAGAACAAGAAGGAUAUCAGUGGGAAUGCCAGGGCUCUGAGGCGGUUGAGAACUGCUUGUGAAAGGGCAAAGAGGACGCUUUCAUCAACCACCCAGACUACGAUUGAAAUCGAUUCUUUGUAUGAAGGAAUUGAUUUCUAUGCAACUAUCACCAGGGCUAGGUUCGAGGAACUGAACAUGGAUUUGUUCAGGAAAUGUAUGGAGCCUGUUGAGAAGUGUUUGAGGGAUGCCAAAAUUGACAAGAGCCAGAUUCAUGAUGUGGUUUUGGUCGGUGGUUCAACUAGGAUUCCCAAAGUGCAGCAACUCUUGCAGGAUUUCUUCAAUGGAAAGGAGCUCUGCAAGAGCAUCAAUCCAGAUGAGGCAGUCGCUUAUGGCGCUGCAGUACAAGCUGCGAUCCUAGGCGGUGAAAGUGAUCAGAAAGUUCAAGAUUUGUUGCUGCUUGAUGUCACUCCUUUAAGCCUUGGUAUUGAAACUGCUGGAGGAGUGAUGACAACUCUGAUUCCAAGGAACACCACGAUUCCGACCAAGAAAGAACAGAUUUUCUCAACUUACUCUGAUAAUCAGCCCGGUGUGUUGAUCCAGGUGUAUGAAGGAGAACGGCCAUUGACAAAGGACAACAAUCUUCUUGGCAAAUUCGAGCUUAAGGGCAUCCCACCGGCUCCAAGAGGUGUACCACAGAUCAAUGUGUGCUUCGACAUUGAUGCUAAUGGUAUCCUGAAUGUUUCUGCUGAAGAUAAGACUGCCGGUGUGAAGAACAAGAUUACCAUUACCAAUGACAAAGGAAGAUUGAGCAAGGAUGAUAUUGAGAGGAUGGUUGAGGAGGCAGAGAAGUACAAGGCUGAAGAUGAGGCGGUGAAGAAGAAGGUUGAGGCCAAGAAUUCCUUGGAGAACUACGCUUACAACAUGAAGAACACUAUCAAGGAUGAGAAGAUUGCCGGGAAAUUGGAUCCGGCCGACAAGAGCAAGAUCGAGAAGGCAAUUGAUGAGGCUAUUGAGUGGCUGGACAGGAACCAGUUGGCUGAAGUUGAUGAGUUUGAGGACAAACAGAAGGAGCUGGAGGCACUCUGCAAUCCUAUCAUCGCUAAGAUGUAUCAGGGUGCCGGAGGUGAUGUCCCAAUGGGCGGUGGCGCAGACAUGCCUGGCGGUGGCUAUGGCGGCCAAGCUAAUGGAGGUAACACUGGUGCCGGUCCCAAGAUUGAGGAAGUGGAUUGA